AUGCAUAUCAUCAAACCCGUUUGGCUGACGCAUGGAGGAGAACGGAAGGACUUCGAGGUUUACAGUUGCGAUGUGUCUCCUGAUGGGAAGAGACUGGUGACUGCCGCUGGAGAUGGAUAUGUUCGUAUCUGGUCCACAGAGGCCAUAUACAACACCGGAAACCCUGAAUUCGCAAGCAAGCCCAAACAGCUGGCCUCUAUGAGCAACCACUCCGGCACAAUCCAUACAGUUCGCUUUUCGCCGAAUGGGAAAUACUUGGCUUCAGGGGCCGAUGAUAAGAUCGUUUGCGUGUAUACCCUGGAUUCGAAUCCUCCAACACAUUCAACUUUCGGUUCCGACGAGGCGCCUCCUGUCGAGAACUGGCGCACGAUUCGACGUUUGAUUGGACAUGACAACGACGUGCAAGAUCUGGGAUGGUCGUACGACUCGUCCAUUCUAGUGUCUGUCGGAUUGGACUCAAAAGUGGUUGUGUGGUCAGGACAUACAUUCGAGAAGCUGAAGACGAUCGCCGUUCACCAGAGUCAUGUCAAGGGCAUCACUUUUGACCCGGCAAACAAAUACUUUGCGACAGCGAGCGAUGAUCGUACCGUGCGCAUUUUCCGAUUUACUUCACCGGCUCCAAACUCAAGCGCCCACGACCAGAUGAACAAUUUCGUUCUGGAACAAACCAUUUCUGCACCCUUCGCCAACUCUCCCUUGACUGCAUAUUUCCGUCGUUGCUCCUGGUCACCAGACGGCAUGCAUAUUGCCGCUGCAAAUGCGGUUAAUGGCCCCGUUAGUUCUGUUGCCAUUAUCAAUCGCGGCUCCUGGGAUGGCGAUAUCAACCUUAUUGGUCAUGAAGCCCCUGUUGAGGUCUGCUCAUUCUCACCACGACUCUAUUCAAGGGAGCCGGUGAACAAGCAGCAAUCGGAUACCCAUGCGCAACAUCAUAUUACAGUCAUUGCGUGUGCAGGUGCAGAUAAGUCACUCAGUGUAUGGAUCACAAGCAAUGCUCGUCCGAUUGUUGUUGCCCAAGAGAUGGCUGCCAAGUCAAUAUCAGAUCUGGCGUGGAGUCCCGACGGCAAGUGCCUUUAUGCCACAGCUUUGGAUGGCACCAUUGUGGCCGUUCGCUUUGAGGACGGCGAGCUGGGCUAUGCCACAGAAAUGGAAGAAAACGAAAAGUCGCUUACAAAAUUCGGAACGAAUCGCAAGGGUGCUGGUAUUACGGAGACCACCGAUGGGCUCCUACUUGAGGAGAAAAGCAAGGCCGUCGAAAUCAAGGGCGUCGAGGGUCGAAUGGGUGCACUGAUGGGGGAUGGUCACGCCGCCGCCGAGCCCACCGUCAACGGAGGAUCGACCCAACCUUCGAACGGCACAACUCCUGCGCGCGUUCCCUCACCGGCCCCUGAUACUGCGAAGACACAAACUAAUGGCACAUCAACCCCCAGCAAAGAAGCCGAGAAGGCAGACCCAUAUCAGGCUAAGCUCGAGCGGCUGAAGCAGCGCCCGACCUAUACAAAGGAGGGCAAGAAGCGCAUUGCGCCUUUACUGGUAUCUGGAGCCGGAGGGGGCGAGUCAUCCCUUCCACAAGCUCGUUUGAUGGCUUCCGUCAGCAGUCAGGUCAAGACGGAUGCGCCUACCUCUCUGGUAGACCUCUCGAAACCAUUCGAUGGCUUACCAAAGGGUGGCUUGACUGCUCUACUUCUCGGAAACAAACGCAAACUGGCUCAACUCGAGGGUGACGAAGAUGGACAUGUUGAGAAACGUGUUGCUGCCGCAAGCCAGAACGGCGCAACUCCUAUAAUGGCUAAUACGCCCGAUGGGCUUCUCCCAGCUCAGGUGCAACCCGCAAUCAGUGGUCAGCAGACUACACCCAAUUUUAUCCGGCCUGCAGUUACGAAUCCCUGCAUGUCGGUGAGCCAGCUACGGUUGGCAGUACCCAAAGUCCGUUUACAUAUUUUGCGUGCGCUGGACUCGACUGGAAAACCCACCGAACCUCCUGCUACGGCCGGUGACCCCAGUAGUAAAGAUAAGGGUCGGAUCGACAUUGUGUUUGAGGCAAAAAACCCAUCUCCGGCCAGCUUAACGGGUCGUGCAGUGGAUCGAGAGCCCGUGCGCCUCACGCUGUUCCGGGGAGAACAACCAUUGUGGCAAGAUUUCCUGCCCAAGUGUGUUCUGCUUGUUACCGGAAAUCAAAGCAUGUGGGCAGCGGCAUGCGAGGAUGGUUCAGUCUACAUCUGGACACCAGCCGGUCGUCGUUUAGUGAGCGCCCUGGUCCUCGAAGCACAGCCGGUGAUCUUGGACACCUAUCCUCUCCCCCAUCCACCCAUCUCUCUCCAACCUGUUCUUGACGCCGCCCUCCACACCCUCGGCGCCAAUCCCACCGCGCCUCCAGCCAUCACAGAUGCACGCAUCAACUCAGAGGGUCGUGUAGUGGUUUCUCUCACUAACGGUGAAGGUUACUCUUAUUCCCCCUCGAUGUACACAUGGCAGCGUAUCUCAGAAGCCUGGUGGGCGGUUGGCAGUCAAUACUGGAAUUCGACCGAGGCCCCUAUAGGUAACUUACAAGCCCGCGAUACCCAACAGGAUACCAAGGAUGCGAAAGCAGCCGUGGCUGCCGGUAUCAUCCCCUUCCUGGAACGCAACACCACCAACGAGACCCUGCUGCGCGGCCGGGCGUACUUCUUGCAGCGGCUUAUCAAAGUACUGCUUUCACGUGAGGGCUAUGAGACAUUUGAGUCCACCGUUUCGAUUGCUCAUCUCGAGAAUCGCAUGGCUGCAGCUUUGUCCCUGGGCGCAAAGGAAGAAUUCCGGCUGUACCUGAAUAUGUAUGCCAAGCGCAUCGGUGCGGAGGGCCUGAAGGGCAAGGUUGAGGAACUACUGAAAGGAUUGAUUGGAGGCUUGUUUGAGGAUGAAGAUGGGGGAGAAACUCUCUCCAAGCUGCAGGCCAAUGAGCGUGAAGGGCGUAAUUGGCGCGAAGGGUCUGACUUUCUGUGUGGCUGGCCGCGGGAGACGUUGCUGAAGGAGGUGAUUCUUGCUCUCGGAAAAUAUCGGGAAUUGCAACGCGUGACAGUCCCUUAUGCCAAGCUCCUGGACAUGGUGGAUACCGUCUCGGAUGGAGGCGAUGCGAUGGAUCUAUAA